AUGAUUACAACAACGUCCCGCACACAGGCAGCGCCUGUAAAGACUAGGUUCACUGCCGUGGCCGACGAUGUCAAACCAACUCCGAUUCCAGACGUCAAGACCCUAAAGGACGCUAUUCCAGCAAAGUGCUUCGAGCGCUCCAUGAUCCGCUCCUUUUCCUACGUUGUUCGCGAUCUUAUCAUCGUAAGCGGACUCUUCUACUCUGCCGUCCGGCUUUCGCAACUUGACGCCUCGCCCCUUAUCACGGUCCCGCUUUGGGCGCUCUACAGCUUUGUACAGGGAUGCUUCUUUACCGGCCUCUGGAUUCUCGCCCACGACUGUGGCCAUGAUUCGUUUUCUGACAACCUUACCGUCAACGCUGUGACUGGCUGGUUCCUCCACAGCAUUUUGAUGGUGCCGUUCUUUAGCUGGAAGUUCAGCCACGCACGUCAUCAUCGCUACCACAACCACAUGGAAAAGGACACUGUUUUCGUCCCUCACCGAAAGUCUGAUGCCAUGGCCAGGACCACCGAGCCAUCCAUCAUGGAGAAGAUCAUGGACCAUGCCGCUGCCGACACACCACUCAUCCAAGUCGGCGCUCUUAUCUUCCACCAAGUGCUUGGCUGGCCUGCUUACAUCUUGAUGAACGCCGGUGCCGGACCGAAGAGUCUGACCAAGAGCGACCGGGCUUCCCAGUCAAAGUACAAGCAAAGCCAUUUGGACCCGACUUCGCCCGUAUUCACUCCUUCAGAGGCGCCAUUUGUCGCCCUGAGCAACGUUGGACUUAUCCUCACCAUGAGCGCCAUCUACCUUGCCUCGAGGAGCGUCGGCACAUCAACCGCUCUCUUGGCAUACGGUCUCCCUUACCUCUGGAUGAACCACUGGAUUGUCGCUAUUACCUACCUUCACCACACACACGAGGACGCACCUCACUACGAGGCCGAGAACUGGACCUUCAUCAAGGGCGCUGCUUCCACUGUUGACCGCGACUUUGGCUUCAUUGGUCGCCACAUCUUCCAUGGUAUCAUUGAGUACCACGUCGUCCACCAUAUGUUCCCCCGCAUUCCCUUCUACCACGCGGAGGAAGCCACAUGGGCUAUUGCUCCUCUCCUCGGCGAACGCUACAUCCAGCAAAAGAGCAACUUCUUUGUCGAUCUAUGGCAGAGCUUCACUACCUGCAGGUACGUUGAAGAGGGUACUGGCAAGAACGCUGGAGGCUUGGUUUGGGCGAAGAACUAG